AUGCCGGGCUUCGACUACAAGUUCCUGGAGAAGCCGAAGCGGCGGCUGCUGUGCCCGCUGUGCGCCAAGGCCAUGCGGGAGCCGGUGCGCGUCUCCACCUGCGGCCACCGCUUCUGCGACACCUGCCUCCAGGAGUUCCUCAGUGAAGGCGUUUUCAAGUGUCCGGAGGAUCAGCUGCCCCUGGAUUACGCCAAGAUUUACCCAGACCCCGAACUGGAGGCCCAGGUGUUGGGCCUGAGCAUCAGGUGCAUCCACAGUGAGGAGGGCUGUCGCUGGAGUGGGACCAUCCGCCAUUUGCAGGCCCACCUGGGCACCUGCAGCUUCAACGUGGUGCCCUGCCCCAACCGCUGUGGGGCCAAGCUGAGCCGCCGCGACCUGCCCCCCCACCUGCAGCACGACUGUCCCCAGAGGCACCUCCAGUGCGAAUUCUGCCGAGCCGACUUCACGGGGGAAGCCUUUGAGAACCACCAGGGGGUCUGCCCCCAGGAGAGCGUCUACUGCGAAAACAAGUGUGGGGCACGCAUGAUGCGCCGUCUGCUGUCGCAGCACAUGCUGGCCGAGUGUCCGAAGCGCACGCAGCCCUGCAGCUACUGUGCCAAGGAGUUCCUCUACGACACCAUCCAGAACCACGAGUACCAGUGCCCCCGCUACCCCGUGCCCUGUCCGAAUCAGUGCGGAGUCCCCAACAUCGCCCGCGAGGACUUGAGCGGGCACCUGAAGGACAGCUGCUCCACCGCCCUGGCUCUCUGCCCCUUCAAGGAGGCCGGCUGCAAACACCGGUGCCCCAAAGUGUCCCUGGGCCGCCACCUGGAUGAGAACACCAAGCUGCACCUGGGCCUGAUGUGCGCGCUGGUGGCCCGCCAGCGCCAAGAGCUGGUCGAGCUGCGCCGUGAGGUGGAGGAACUGGCGGUGGGCAGUGACGGCGUACUAAUCUGGAAGAUCGCCGAUUAUGCCCGGAAGCUGCAGGAGGCCCGGCUACGGAGCAAUUACGAGUCCUUCAGCCCCCCCUUCUACACCCACCGGUACGGCUACCGGCUGCAGGUGUCCGUCUUCCUGAACGGCAACGGCAGCGGCGAAGGCAGUCACCUUUCGGUCUACAUCCGAGUGCUGCCUGGCCAGUACGACAACCUGCUGGAGUGGCCCUUCGCCUACCGGGUCACCUUCUCGCUGCUGGACCAGAGCGACCCCUCGCUCUCCAAGCCCCAGCACAUCACCGAGACCUUCCUGCCGGACCCCGCCUGGAAAAACUUCCAGAAGCCCGGCACGGGGCGCACCUCCCUGGACGAGAGUCUGCUGGGCUUCGGGUACCCCAAGUUUAUCUCGCACGAGGAUAUCAAGAAGCGCAACUACGUGCGCGACAACGCCGUCUUCAUCAAGGCCUUGGUGGAGAUCCCCCCCAAGAUCAUUUCCUGAGGGGGCGGGAGGCCGGGGGACGGAGGGGUGCUGGGGGUGAACGCCGCCCCCCAACUCUGGGUUUCCCCCACUUUGGAAAAACAGUUCUGCUUUUUUUCUGACCCGCCUCUCUGCUUCGGGUUGACCCCCCCCUCCCUUCAUUGAAAUGGUGCUAAUUGCUGCGGGUUCGGGCCCGAGUCCAGCCUGGCUUGAGGAGCAGGGGGGGGGUCACUUUCUUCCCAGGAGCAGCUGGGCUGCCUCUGGGGGGGUCCCCCCAUCUUCUUCCCAAGCACCUUUUGGGGUCUGCAAAUACCAGCCGUGCGCUGGGCAACUUCAGGAAACCUGUCGGGCGAGGGGGGGUGUGCAGACCGGAUCAGGGUCUUCCAGAUGUGCACGGUGCCCCUAUGAGCACUGCUCCCCCUUUCCGGGGAGCAGCUGGGGAGGGGUUGAAAGCCAGCUCCCCAAUUCUUCCGUUGGGGCCCACCUUUGGACUGCUGGCCUGGACCUGUCCAGAGACCGGUGUGGAGGGGUGGUGGAGCUCCCCCUGGCCAGCACUCAAGAGCCAUAUUGUUGCCCGCUGGGGGGUCCUUUUGCCAGUGGGGGGGGGGCUGCCCACCAGCUGUAGCUGCAAUCGCUACUCUUUGUCUCCCUUUUUUGGAGUUACCUUUUUUUCUGUCUUUUUAAUAAACCAUUUCUUGUAUUUAUUAA